AUGAAUAACGGAAAGCUUCCCCGUGGCAAAUUCGGAUGGCCAGUAAUUGGUGAAACUCUUGAUUUCUACUUGUCCAACAAAAGGGGCUAUCCAGAGGAAUUCGUAGUUGAUAGAAUGAAGAAUUACUCCUCAGAAGUCUUUAAAACCUCUUUGAUAGGAGAGAAAAUUGCAGUCUUGUGUGGCCCUUCAGGCAACAAGUUUAUUUUUUCAAACGAGAACAAGCUCGUAAAAUCGUGGAUUCCUCAGUCUAUGCAAAAGAUACUUUGCAUCCCAGAAUCCAACACCAAAUUGAGGAACAAUUUAUCUGAAUUUCUAAAGCCAGAAGCUCUAAAGAAGUAUAUUCACGUCAUGGAUUAUAAUGUUAGACAACACCUGGAUCAUGAUUGGGCUCCAAACCAAACACUAGAAGUUUUCCCUUUGGCCAAGAAAUUUACAUUUUCAUUGAUUUGCAGGCUGUUCUUGGGCAUCGAAGAUCCCACCCAAAUGGCAAAGUUAGACGAGCAAUUUGCUCUUGUUACUCCUGGAUUCUUGUCUUUUCCGAUCAAUCUCCCCGGCACUGCUUUCAGUAAUGCUAUAAAGGCUUGCAAAUUCAUUCGCAGGGAGCUUCGAAAAACCAUCAGGCAACAGAGACUCUAUUUAUCAGAGAAAAAAAGGGAUUCUGAAACUCCUAACCAUUUUUUGUCUCACAUACUCUUUGCAACUGAUGAUGAUAACAAGUUUACAAGUGAGGAUGAGAUUGCAUGUAUACUGUUAGUUUUUCUCAUUGCUAGCCAUGAUACAACUUCUUCUUCGAUCACAAAUCUUGUCUACCAUCUAGCGGAUAAUCCUCAUGUAUACGCUCAAGUUUUAAGAGAAGGGAACGAGAUUGCAAAGAUAGAAGGACCCGAAAAAAUGUUGACAUGGGAAGAUAUAAAUAGAAUGAAGUAUGCUCGUAACGUCGUGAAUGAAGUAUUGAGGCUAGCACCACCUGUUCAAGGAUUUUUUAGAGAGGCCAUACAUGAUAUUACUUAUGCAGGCUUCACCAUUCCUAAAGGAUGGAAGGCAUGUUCUUCCUUUGUAUAUUGGUCCGUGAGUACAACUCAUAAAGAUCCCAAAUAUUUCCCAAGUCCAGAAAAGUUUGAUCCUACAAGAUUUGAAGGUAACGGGGCUGAGCCAUUUACUUUUACUCCCUUCGGAGGAGGUCCAAGGAUGUGCCCUGGUAGUGAAUUUGCACGACAAGUACUACUAGUUUUCAUGUACCAUUUGGUAAGAAAAUAUAGGUGGGAAAAGCUUAUUCCAAACGAAAAGAUCAAUUUUGAGCAUGGGCCAGCUGCUCCUGUACAUGGUCUCCCAAUCAAGCUUCACCCACACAGUGAUAACAAGUAG